AUUCGUCAGCCGUCCUUUGCGCGAGCCCUCUGACCCCGCCCCCAUGAGUCAGCUGAACGCUCAGUGCGCGGAGCCGAGAGAGAGAGAGACAGACAGAGGAUGAGUGUGAAGAUUAACGUGGAAUACUGCGGUGGCUGAGGGUAUGAACCCCGCUAUCAGAAACUCGCCGACAUCAUCACAGAGGCGUUUCCUGAUGCGGAGAUUUCUGGAAAUGUUGGGAGAAAAGGCAGCUUCGAGAUUGAAAUCAAUGGGAAGUUGGCCUUUUCCAAGCUAGAAACCAGUGGAUUCCCUUAUGAAGAUGAUAUCAUCAAUGCAAUCAAAAAAGCCAGUAAUGGAGAAGAAGUAGAAAAAGUUGUCAAGAGCCGCCCUCCUUGUGUCAUUCUGUAGUUCUGCCUCGAUGGUGCCUUCUCUUUAUCAGCUGCUAACCUGCCAAGUUUGCAGCAUUUAAACUUUGCCUUGAAGCGUGUUCUAGUCCAGGUCCUGGAGAUGUGGAAACACUCGAGCCCCAAGAGUGGGAGACUGGGUGCUGACGGUGAAUUUAUUUUUGAAGCCGUGUUGACCUGACAGAUUUUGAUUUCUCUACUAGCUCAUUCUGCUCCAGUUAUAACUUGCAAUUCCUACUUCUUUAAGCAUGCCUGGCAAAUCUCUUUUUAAAUACUUUUUCGUCCAAAGUAGUGUGCGAAUCACUACUUUUUUACUCUAUUUCCCCUGUAGUUCCUCCUUGGACAGACACUGUUUUCUGCUGGGAUUCUGUUUGUUCCUGGGAUUCUGCCAUUGCUAAACAUGCUGCUGACCCAGAGCUCUAUUGUCUUGUCUGCUCCCCUCAUUUUCCUCUGGUACAUUUAGUCUUUCUGAAAUUAGAGCUAGUAAAUGAAAGCAGCCAGAUUAUGCUGACAGACAUCACUGAUUUGUAACUCUGCGUGCACAUUACUGGAAAAAUCACCACAAUCAGUAUGGAAGGGCAGUUGUUUCAUGCAAUGUCCCUCCCCUUGCGUUGAGUUUGGGUCAGGUACCAACUUCGUUUUGGAGGUUGAUGUGCUUUCAGUUCUGCCUAGUGCUCUCAGCUGGCCACAGUUGAUGUAAUGGGGAGGGAGAAUGCUGACCCAACUGCUCUUAAAUUCCCCCACCUGCCCCCUCACUAAGCAGGAAGACAUUUGAACACCGCGUGACAUCCGCCUCUGUGUCUGAGAUUGAGAUGGGCACAUCGGGGCAUAAAAUCUAUAUCCCUCUGGUCUCGAUAACAUUAAUGCAAAUGAGUUUCCGAUUGAUCUGAAGAACAGGAGAUGAUAGAUUCAACCAUGCUGAGAGAAAUGGGUUUCUCUCUAUUCUAGCCCUUUAGCUGAGGCUUUUGUUAUUCAUUUCUCGUAGACCUACUCCUAUCGCAUCUCGGUGUGGUGGCUGAGAAGUGUAGCACGUUCCUCACAUAGUCUGAAUAUUCCAUCUGUCCUUUCUCUGUCUGUGGUUUGCGCUGGGAUUUUCUGCAAAAGUGGCGGCUAAUUUGCUGAAGUUAUCAACUUGCUGCAGAUUUAGAAUCUGGUUCUAUAAAUGACUAUUUUAACAAAAACAAAAUGGUUAAAAUAUGAAAAGAAAGAUGCCUUUUCUAAUGGGAGAGCAGGUUUACAACUUCAGUAAACUUUUUUAAACAAAGAAUUAUGUUGUUUGAAUUUGGCUAUAUUUCAAAUAUAAUAAAAACAUUUACACAAGAA